CACUUGUUGCAUUUGAGCCUACUGCUUCGAUGAUGUUAACCGAAUCUCAAGUAGCUGUUGCAGCCUAUAUUUUUUCGGAUACGUUAGAUCCUUUUGAAGAGUUGGUAAUCUCAGAUGAAAAAGAUUACAGAAGUACAUUUAGAUGUCUUGUCCCAGAGAGAUGUGUCGAAUCAGAGUUAUAAAUCUGGUGGCACUUAUGAUGACACGUAUAUUUCGAUGUAUGAAUGAAGAUCCAAUUUGCUGGUUCAUGCCUACACAUUUUACACGAUAUGCUUUAAGCGACAAAUAUACACCGGCAGAGGUUAUCUUUGAUUUUCUUGGAGCAUAUAUGUCACUGAAAAGUAGCCACGUCAUUAGGGUGUUUAUCCUUAUCUGUGAGGAACUACAUUGGUAUUCAGUUAUUGUUGACUUUACGAGUCGUCGCCUAAUCAUAUUGGAUUCACUGCCUUCUGUCGAAAAACAUCAACAACGCAAAAGGAACGCAAUUAAAGUGGCAACUUAUUUAGAAGCGAUGUUAGAUGAUCAUAUUUUUAAUGAUGAUAAGUCUAAAGUUAUAGAUUGCUCCACCUUUUGGCUUAUCACACCUUUUGGCCUACCCACUCAAAAAAAUAGAUCGUAAGUCUACUAUUUAAUUUUUUCUUUUAAAUAUCAUUACGUUCAAUAGUUUAUGGCAAAAGCUAGUGCACUCCAGAUAAAGUAGGGAGUGCAGCACUCCUUAAAAGUUAACCUACUAUCAAAAGUUAUUAGGUAAAUUUAAUUUAUUUAUUAUUGUUAUUAUUUUUUUUUGUCAUGGGCUGAACAAAUAAA